GAAGUCUCAUCUAUAAAUGAGGGACAAAGACUAAGAGCCAGAGGGGGACCCACAGUCCAGCGGAGGGACAGAGACCAGGACCUACCAAGAGAGCAGGGAGACAGAGAGGAGAGUCAGUGGGCAGAUAGGCAGGAGGCCGGGGUGUCUGUGCUGGGCAGGGGAAUCUGCCCCCACCCCCUGCCACCCCUCCCCCCCUUGUGAUCUCUCUCUCUCUCUCCGUCAAAUAAAUAAAUCUUAAAAAAAAAAAAAAAAAAAGAGAGAGAGAAUACAGCUGUGGCAAGACAGACUCUGCCUACAUAAAGUUUACAUAUGGAAGGGGAGGACUUUUACUGUCUACCAGAGUAAAAUAUAUAGUGCAGUGCAGAAGAUCAGAGGUCAAGAGGGAAGACUGGGAGUGGGGGUACAACUUCUGAGAGGGGGUCCUGGGAGAGCCUCACCCAGGAGGUGACAUUUGAGUCCCCACCAAAUCUGGCCCAACACCCCUUAGCCGAGAAUGGUUCUUCCAGAAGAGCAUUUGCAAUCAGUUCCAUGAUCGGAAAGGCUGAGCUUUGAUGGCAUCCCCCCUAAAACAAUUCCAUUCUUCUUCAUAAACCCGUGUUACCAAAAAACAAAAACAACAACAACAAAAGUCCUCGGUUGUUGUUAUAUUUUGAAUUUCAUCUGUCAGUAUUCUGUGGAAGCUGGUUUUCUCUAUUUCUAUGUAAAUACGUGUAUGAUAGUCUUGAUUUUGUCUCUUGGCCCAUAAUGCCUAAGAUAUUCAGUAUCUGGCCCUUCAUGGAGAAAGGUUGCCAACUCUGGUAUAGACCCACGAGGGGAGGAAAUGAACCGUCUGGAUGUCUGGGGGCAGCCCGCGAGGCACAUCAAGGAGGCCAGUGUGGUUGGAGCCCCACUAGUGAGGAGGAAAGGGACAAGAAAGGAUCAGAGGAGCCUGGGCCAAUGGUGAAAUGCCGAUUCCUAGGCUCCAUGCUGGGCUCCAGUGCAGGGCUUGAACUCAUAACCCUGAGAUCAAGACCUGAGCUGAGAUCGAGAGUCAGACAACUUAACUGACUGAGCCAUCCUGGUGCCCAUCAAGGGAUGCUGAAGCCCAAGGAGGCAGGGGCCUAGCAGAAGCCUUUAGGGUGCAAAGACAGAGGACACGCCACCGGGCCGGAUGCCAGGGACCAAGCCCUAAGAAGAAGAAACUGACUUGCAUGUGUCUUUGGUGGUGGCUAAUUUUUUUAAGGCUCCCCUAUCAUUGAAACAGAACAGCUGCCUACUCCUUUGUCUCAAUUACUUAAUCAGUAUGGUCCCCCACCCCAAAAUCUCUGUCUGGUGGAUGAAAUCCUGAGCUGAAGAACCAGAACGAAGAGUGGAGAAUGCAGUCUCCUCAGGGGAUGCCCAGGCUGCCUGUCCUCAACAGCUCCAGCCCAGGAACCGCACCAGAAGAGGCAGGGACAUCAGGCGGUGUCCCCGGAACUGGGAGGUCCUUGUCAAGGGCAAGCUCCUCGGAAGCACCCUGACUCCUCCAGCCUGGGCGGGGUUCAAUGGGACUCAGAGCAGAGAGAGGACUGGGGGAGGGGGGCGGAUGCUGAGGGCGCGAUGUUUCGCACUUGGCCCCCAGCGCGAGGAGCCGCUGUUUACGUCGCUCGCGCGCCAGCGUGGACCGGUCCACCCGCCACCGUGAGAGGCGCGGCGCGGCGGGUCCAUGGCGUCCCCCGGCGGCGGCUCCCUGGGCCUCCUGCUCUGGCUCCUGCUCCUCCAGCCUCGGCUUGGUGGGGCGCAGGGCGGGUCCACAUCGUCCCCACCCUCCUCGGCGCCCACCUCCCCAUCGUCCUCGGAGGGUGGCCGUGAGGGCACCAGUGCAACCGUGUCGGGGGCCGAGGGACAGUCUGCGACCCCGGAGCCCCAAGAGAAUGCCAUACUCUCCCAGCUGUUGGAACUGAUCCCAGGGUGUGGCCACGUCGUUGAGAACACCAUGGGAGGAAAGGAGACGGAAGAGGGGAAGUGGCCUUGGCAGGUGAGCCUGAGGAUGAACCAGAAACACGUGUGCGGAGGCUCCCUCCUCACAUCGCAGUGGGUGCUGACUGCAGGCCACUGUAUUUUAAGCCCUUUCCGCUACAGUGUCAAGAUGGGAGAUCGGAGCGCCUAUAAGGAAGUCACCAGUGUGGUGAUCCCGGUCAAGAACGUCAUCGUCCAUCCUCAACUCUCGGUAGUUGGAACCGUUCAAAAUGACCUUGCCCUUCUCCAUCUCCUCUACCCUGUGAACUUCACAGGGACCGUCCAGCCUGUAUGCAUCCCUCAGAAGACUUUCCAGGUGGAAGCUGGGACCACGUGCUGGGUGACCGGAUGGGGCAAAAAAGAACAGGAUGGCGACCACAUUACGGGUGUUCUCCAGGAGGUCGACCAAAACAUUAUCCUCCAUGAAAGGUGCAAUGAGAUGGUUCAGGAAGUUAUGGCAACAAAGAAGAACAGAGUCCUGAAGGGGAUGCUCUGUGGCUAUAAAGGAGCUGGAAAGGAUUCUUGUCAGGGAGACUCUGGGGGCCCUCUGGUCUGUAAAUUUAAGGAAACAUGGGUCCAGGUAGGAGUCGUGAGCUGGGGCAUUGGCUGCGGUCGUGGAAAUAUGCCUGGAGUUUAUACAGAUCUUGCUGUCUAUGCGGAGUGGAUAGCUGGAGUGAUUAAUCAGGCCUCCUUUUUGUAUCCGGUGGUGUUCCUCAUCCCACUUCUGUGCCUGGUGCUGCCCCUGGGCAUCCUGGUGGCCCCCUGAUCACCCUGGCCCACUCCCCCUCCUAUUUCCGAGUCUCACACCGGGCCUCUCCUCCGACCUCCCACUCCUGCUCAGAUGCCCUUUCCUCCAGUUCUGGUUGGCAUCCCCUGACCCAGUAGAGAGCCACACAGUAGGAACUGGCAGCAAGGCUGGAGCCCCGAAAGCAUCCCAGCCUGAUGCCCCAGUCACCUGCACAACCUUGGCUGUACCUUUGCCCUCCUGGAAGGAUGGGGUCAGGCAUCCCAGCCUGAGAGCCGGCCGACCUGCCAGGGGCAGUGCGGGGCUUCCUUGUCAUCUUGGAGAGCCUCUGCGAGAGAAGAGCCCUCAGGAGCGGUGAGACAGCGUGGGACCUGGGUGUGGUCUCAGGCUGUCACCUGACCUUGUGUUGAAGCAGUCAGCUUGCUGAUUGUGCAGAGAGAGAGAGAGGGAGGGGGUGUCACCAUGUCCCUGCUGAGGUGUGAGGCCUGGGGUUUCCACAUUGGACUGGGGUGCCUGAGUCUGGGAGACGUUUCCCUAGCACCCAGCUUGGAUCCUGCCACACAGGUGCUCCUGUGGCAACCCCGUGAUGGGCCCCCCUUCCUCAGUCUCUAGUGGUCCCAUCCAGGCUCAGCCCAAGCUAUGUGGAGGCACUGAGGAGUGUGGAGAUCUCCGAUGUCAACUGAAUAAAUGUUUGGAUUGUCA